AUGAGAACAGUUAAAAUGAUAGCUAUGCUACUGCUCAUCGGCUAUGGCGCCAACGUAAACUACAGGACCUGGAAAACCACUGACACCAACAAAAGGUCCGUACAGGAAGAGCGAGGACCAAGGAAGCCUAAACAUAAUAACAUUACUUUUAAACGCAAAUUAGAAAAUGCCAUUAACGGAACCAAAAGCGAACAACUAACCCUGGUUACAGAAAUACCUAAUAUAGUACAUAACACUUUAAUUCACGAAGUAGCAGCCAGCAUAUUCCUUACAGCAAUAAAGCAGGCUAGGUGUAAUUAUGGAUUUAAACUUUUAUCAAGAAAAUCGCAGAAUGUCAUAUUAGGUUAUCUUUGGGGUCCGUUAUUUAUUCUGAAGGCCUCAUAUUGGCACCUAAAUAUAGAAGGAAUAUUCUCCUUUCUUCAUGAAACUUGCAGCUAUAUGAAGUCACUUAAUUUAAACUCAGCAACUCUUGAACUUUUUGAAACACUGCUUCUGUGUCGGCUAGAUUUAUUGGAGGAUCCUCAGGAAAUAAUAGAAAUAGAUAAUAUUGUUCAAAAAACAAUUACGUGUCUUAAACAACAGGAAAAUAUGGAUAGUAGACAUUUUAUUGACAUUUUGUUAGCUACUACCAGACUACAUAUUCCCAGCGCUUCUUUCUUACGUUUUGUACUAUUUGAACCCAUAAUUGGAUUAGUACCAAUUGAAACUGUUAUAGCAACUAUUUCCUAA